AUGGAUCAACGCUACUAUACCCUCGCCGAAGGCUGCCCCUACGCCAGCAACGCCAGUUCGGUGCAGUUGCGCAGCGGCAAUGGCGGCCUGCUUCUAAUGCAGGAUACCCAGCUCAUUGAGACUCUCUCUCACUUUGCUCGUGAGCGGAUUCCAGAGCGCGUAGUCCACGCCAAAGCAGCCGGCGCAUACGGCGAAUUCACCUGCACCCACGACUGCUCCGACAUCACCUCCGCCAGCUUCCUCAGCGAAAUUGGCAAAACCACAGAGCUACUCCUGCGCGUCUCGACCGUUGGUCCGGAGGCUGGAUCGGCCGAUACCCUGCGUGAUGUGCAUGGCUGGGCGAUGAAGCUUUAUACGGAUGAGGGGAAUUUGGAUUGGGUGUUCAAUAAUACGCCCGUCUUUUUCAUUCGCGAUCCGCUCAAGUUCCCGUCGCUGAAUCGGUCUCAUAAGCGGAAUCCGCAGUCGCAUUUGCCGGACCCGAAUAUGUUUUGGGACUUCCACGCCGGAAACCCAGAAGGGUUCCAUCAGCUCCUCCAUCUCUUCAGUGAUCGAGGCACCCCUGCGUCUUUGAGACAUAUAAAUGCCUACAGUGGACAUACCUACAAAUUCACCCUCAAGGAUGGCUCCUUCAAAUACGUCAAAUUCCAUAUCAAAACCACUCAGGGCAUCAAGAACCUCACCAAAGAAGAGUCUGUCCGCAUGGCCGGAGAAAAUCCCGACUUUCUCAUUCAGGAUCUCUUUGAAGCCAUCGAGCGGAAAGACUAUCCGACCUGGAAUGUUUACGUGCAGGUCAUGUCUCCCGAGCAGGCUGAAAACUACCGAUGGAAUAUCUUCGAUAUGACCAAGGUGUGGCCGCAUAGUGAUUUUCCGCUGCGGCAGAUUGGGACGAUGAAGUUGAAUCGGAAUCCCCGGAACUACUUCACCGACAUUGAACAAGCCGCCUUCUCUCCAUCGAAUAUGGUUCCUGGUGUUGCUCCAUCCGCCGAUCCUAUGCUCCAAGCGCGCAUGUUCUCCUACCCCGACGCAGCACGCUACCGCGUCGGCACCAACUACCAACAACUUCCCACCAACGCAGCCAAAACCCAAGUGUAUUGUCCCUAUCAGCGCGACGGGCAAAUGAAUUUCUCCGACAACUACGGCGCUGAUCCCAACUACGUCGGGUCAUCUCUGAAGCCCAUUAAAUUCUACCAAGAUGUGAAAGGACAAGCACCGCAGGCUGUUAGCACCCUCACAGAGCAUGAGAAGUGGGUGGGCCAGGUGAGUAACUUUCAGUAUGGGCUAUAUGAGGAUGAUUUCGUGCAAGCGAGGGGGCUGUGGAAGGUGAUCGGAAAGGAGGAGGGCCAUCAGGAACGGUUCUUUGGGAAUGUGGCGGUGCAUUUGGGGCAGGUUUGGAGUGAUAAGUUGAGAGGGAGGGUGUAUGAGCUGUUUUCAAUGGUGGAUCCGGGGUUAGGCGAAGGGGUGAAGAAGGCUACGGAGGAGGUGGUGAGGAAGAGGGAGAGUAAAAAGUAG